CAACAGCCCAGCACCAAAGUUCACAUUGAAACCCCGCUGAUGACCUUGGCUGAUUUCAUCUCUGCAACACCACUUCUCAGAAGCACAGAGCUUCAGCUCUACCAAAAUGAAAUGCCCAUUCCAGCCCCUCAUUGUUUCUCUCAUCCUAACAUCCGUGUGUGGGAACAGAGGCCUGGUGGAUCAGCUCGAGAAAGGAGGGGAAGGCUCUAAGUCUGCAGAUCCCCAAUGGGGGCAGUUAAACGGCAAAAACCUGAGCAUGCCCUUACUCCCUGCUGACUUCCACAAGGAGAACACAGUCACCAACGACUGGCUCACAGAAGGCGAAGAGGAUGAGGAUUAUCUGGACCUGGAGAAGCUGUUCAGUGAAGAUGAUGACUACAUUGACAUCAUCGACGUGGUUACGCAGACAGAUUCAGGGGCCAGUGCUGGGAACAUUCUCCAGCUCUUUCACGGCAAGAGCCGGAUCCAGCGUCUUAACAUCCUCAAUGCCAAGUUCGCUUUCAACCUCUACCGUGUGCUGAAAGAGCAGGCCAUUACUUCGGACAACAUCUUCAUAGCCCCAGUGGGCAUUUCCACCGCCAUGGGUAUGAUUUCCUUGGGCCUUCAGGGGGAGACUCACGAACAAGUGCACUCGGUUUUGCAUUUUAAAGACUUCGUCAAUGCCAGCAGCAAGUAUGAGAUCAUGACCAUUCAUAAUCUCUUCCGAAAACUGACUCAUCGCCUCUUCCGGAGGAAUUUUGGGUACACACUGCGGUCGGUCAAUGACCUUUACGUCCAGAAGCAAUUUCCAAUCCUGGAAGACUACAAAACUAAAGUAAAAGAGUACUACUUUGCUGAGGCCCAGGGAGCUGACUUCUCAGACCCCGUCUUCAUAUCGAAAACCAACAACCACAUUCUGAAGCUCACCAAGGGCCUCAUCAAAGACGCCUUGGAGAACAUAGACCCCACCACCGAGAUGAUGAUUCUAAACUGCAUUUACUUUAAAGGAUCCUGGGUGAAUAAAUUCCCAACGGAAAUGACCCACAACCACAACUUCAGGCUGAACGAGCGGGAGGUGGUCAAGGUCUCCAUGAUGCAGACCAAGGGAAACUUCCUGGCGGCAAAUGACCAGGAGCUGGACUGCGAUGUCUUGCAGCUGGAGUACGUGGGGGGCAUCAGCAUGCUAAUUGUGGUCCCGCACAAGCUGUCCGGGAUGAAGACCCUCGAGACACAGCUGACACCCCAGGUGGUAGAGAGAUGGCAGAAAAGCAUGACAAACAGAACACGAGAGGUGCUCCUGCCUAAAUUCAAGCUGGAGAAGAACUACAACCUGGUGGAGGCCCUGAAGUCAAUGGGGAUCACAGAGCUGUUUGAUAAAAACAGCAACAUGACGGGAAUCUCAGACCACAGAAUCACCAUCGACCUGUUCAAGCACCAAGGUACCAUCACGGUGAAUGAAGAGGGCACCCAAGCUGCUGCCGUGACCACGGUGGGGUUCAUGCCACUGUCCACCCAAGUCCGUUUCACUGUUGACCGCCCCUUCCUGUUCCUCGUCUACGAGCACCGCACCAGCUGCCUGCUCUUCAUGGGGAGAGUUGCCAACCCCGCCAAGUCUUAAAGGUGGAGGUCUGGGUGUCUCAAGUGUUGUGGGGGCACUCUGUAAUUCUGUUUCCAUUCUAACAAUGAGAACAGAGAUGUUUUGGCAUCAUGACCUUUGUGGUUUAUGCUACCAUUCUGAAAUCAAGGUCCAUAUGAGAAGAAAUUUACCAACGACUGAGAAGCUCGCUGCAAUUAAUUCUGCAUAGUGAACAAUGCCAUCAGUUCAUAGAAGUUAAUGUACCUGUAGCAUGUCAGCUGUUGCCUAGAGGCUGGCAGCCACAUACCGACUGGCUUACCUCCCGCCUCCUCAGAGCCUCCCUGGGCACUUCCUUCCCCUAGAUUCCCCUUCCUUGCACAUCUGGCUCUAUUACUCAAAGCCUUUCUCAACCAGGCUCCUCAUCUAAACGCAGAGAACAGAAAUGAGCAGCAUGACUAAUUUCUCAUUUUUCCCAAGGAUGGGGCACAGCCGGCACCAUUCCUGAUGCCUAGGAGAAAACCCACCUUGUGACAUUCAAGGGGUGCCCUGGGCAUUAGGGUUUACUUAUGUCUAGCAAGGCCCAACCUUCUGAACUGAUGCUAAUGUCAUCUGUACUCCUGCUGUCACCUCACUGCUGCCCAGAGGGCAGUGUGUACACGUGGGCUUGCCUUCUACCCUAGAGAUAAAUAAAUAUUGCCACUUUUACUGUA